CACCGGAGGCCUUGAGCUCAUGAUGACAAUUUAAUAACAAAGCACUAUAAACUGAUAAUCGCAACUAAAAGUUUGUUUAUUUAAAACCAGUCACACUUUCGAUUCCCACGUAUGGUUGCGUUUUUUUUUCUCUCUCGGAGAUUGCAGUCUUUCCUGUCUGCGAUAUUUCCGUUGUUGCGCAGUGAGAAUCUGAUUUUCCAGGCGGAGGCUUGAGUUGCAGUGCUUGCCGCUGAACUGAACUGAAUACCUUGCUGGGUUGUCCGGAGUUUGCAGGGAGUUGAUAUGGAUACUUUGAACAGUGAAACUGCAACAGAUUCCGCUGUAUGCAGCACUUUUGCCAAAGCUGCACCGGAUUUCUCCAGGCAAAUGCUAGACUUAGAUGAAGAUGAGGACCUGGAGGUUUUCAGCAAGGAUACAACUUUGACAGAUGGCAGCUCCUUCAAUGCUUCUAUGCCAACAUCCCCCUCAUCAAUGAUUAAUCAGUAUAAGUUUGAGGAAGAGCCAGACACUAAAGAUAUAUUCAUUACAGUGGAUUGCCCUGAGAGCCAUGUGACAGCUAUAGAGACCUUCAUUACAUACAAGAUUUCAACUAAGACCACUCGUAGUGAGUUUGACUCUUGUGAGUAUGAAGUCCGCAGACGCUAUCAGGAUUUUCUUUGGUUAAAAGGCAAACUGGAGGAGAAGUAUCCAACUUUAAUCAUUCAUCCACUGCCAGAGAAGUUUAUCGUAAAGGGAAUGAUGGAAAGAUUCAAUGAAGAUUUCAUUGAGACGCGCAGGAAAGCACUUCACAGAUUCUUAAACAAAAUUGCAGAUCAUCCUCUUCUCUCUUGUGAUGAAGACUUCAAAUUUUUUCUCACAGCACAAGCCGAGGAGCUGACUUCUCACAAAAAGCAGGGCCCUAGCAUCCUAAGCAGGGUAGGAGAAACUGUGCGGGCAGUCGCUGCCUCAGUACGAGGUGUUAAGAAUCGACCAGAGGAGUUCACGGCAAUCGGUGAUUACGUUGAGACGUUCAGUCAAAAGAUGAUUGUGCUGGAUAAAAUUACACAAAGAAUUUCCAAAGAACAGAAAGAGUAUUUGGAGGAGAUGAAGGAAUAUGGUCCAGUUUAUAUGCUGUGGUCUGGAUCUGAAGUAGAACUUGGGGAUUCUCUUAAAGAUAUGGCUAACUGCAUCGACAAAUGCUGCAGAGAAACUGAGGAGCAAGUGAAUGCACUGUCUGAAAAUGUGGUUCCAGUUCUGCAUGAAUAUGUUCUUUGUGCAGAGACCUUAAAGGCUGUACUAAGAAGACGGGACAACAUUCAAGCUGAAUAUGAAGCAAAAAAUGAUGCUUUAGCAAAUAAGAAGUCAGACAGAGACUCACUGAAGGACUCUGAUCUAAGCUUUGUCUUUGGGGGUUUCCUCGGCAAAAACCCUGAAGAAGCCAAACAGCAGAAGCAGCAGAAACUUGAUGGUGAAAUUGAAGAGCUUAAAGAAGACAUUGAGAAGCUUGAAGAUAAAGUGGAGUGUGCCAAUAGUGCUUUUAAAGUAGACUGGGAAAGGUGGCUGAAAAGUAUGCAAGGUGAUCUGAAAGCUACAUUCCUGAACAUGGCUGACACAAAUAUUAAUUAUUAUGAAAAGUGUCUUGCCAUAUGGGAGUCCUUCCUCAUUUCCCAAAAAAAUGAGCUCAGUGUGGAGAAUGGCAGAGAUGAGUAAUUCUAGGACAGCCUCCGGCACUCUUAACAACUGACCAAAGCAGUACCCCAGGUUACUUAAGGACAUUUAUAUUGAAUUGUGUUUUUUUCCACCCAUUUAUUUUUAUAUUAUAAAAAUACAGACCAUGAUGCAUUGCCAAGAAUUCUGUCUAAAAGUCAACCUCAGGGUAUUCAAGUGCCACAAUACAUUGGAUCAGGAUACUCAGUUCCACAUAUGUGGCCUUGUUCAUAAAAGAUGCAUAAAUAAAUACGAAUGAACUGUGGGGAAAACUGAUGCACAUGCAAUUGGUAUUUCUGUUCUACUUAUAUAGGAUGGAAAACGUUAAGAAAUAUUUAAGUAGUGGUUGAUUUCUUUUUUUCCCCACUACACAUUCCUUAGCUUUGUAAAAAAUAAAAUGAAAAAUAGAAAUUAGAAGCAUUAGCAGUAAGCGGUUAGUUGUGUAAGCAAACCUAGCUAGGUUAAAAAUGUGAUUAAACUUCAGUGUGUGUUUUUGUAAGAUUAACUAGGUCACUGAUGCAUGGCUUCAGUUGUGCAUUUAUUAUAGUGACUUGUCUUUGGUCACCGUUAAUCCAUUCCUCUGUGUUACACGGGCUUCUUGUGAAUACAUGAGUUGAUUUUUGCCCUACUUUGGGCUAAUUAAUAUUUUAUAUAAAAAGUCCUUGCUUUAUAAAUGCAUGUAACAAAACCAUUUUGCCUAAACUGGUGUUAUUCUUUAAAAUUGUUGUCCAUGUUGGCUUGCAUAACAGAGUAAUUUGUACGGGGAGAAUUACUGAACGUAAUCUUACGAUUCACAAUGAGCAUCCGUGCAUUCGUAUAAAAUUAGAUCAGAGAAAAACAAUCCCAGUUUGAUUCAUGUCGGCCUUAAAAACUGCUCUGCUGUCAAGGAUUUCUCUAUCAAAAAGCUGCCUCUUCUCAUGUAUCUGAUAGAUGCAUACUUAUAUUUCUUUGAUGGUGCCCAGCAGAGUAUUCAAUAUAGCUACAAAAAAAGAAGCUGCACAGCUUGAGGUUUGUAAUCCCUUAGCAUCAUUAGGUGGUGAGCAUUUAUUAUUACUAUGGUAUAUAUCUGGGAAUUUAGCUAUAAACGUCAUUAUACUGAAUCUGCAGUCCAAAGUAAAGGAAGAAAAUGGUUUCGUAUUUUGAAAGUGAGGCACACAGCACUUAACGUACAUCUCCUGAUAAGAUGUUCAUUUUUCUUGAGCUGGUGGCAUUUGAGGUGUCAAAAAAGUAAUGAAAAUGCAAUAGUUUACCGUAGUAACACAUUUAAAACAUCUGAAACAUUUUGCAUUUAUCUUUUCACAUUUGUGAAGAAAAUCAUUUUCUACCUUAAAGCUAGAAUCCUGGAUCGUUCAGGCAUGUAAUUUGGAUGAAAAGUAUACACCUAAUGCAAUUUCUGUUACUGACAUACAAUGUAAACUUUUUUUAAUGAUAAAAUUAUCCUUUUACAUAUGUUUUUGUUUGGUGAAUUUUAAGAACUGUUUUUUUUUCAUUUACCCUUUUCUGAAUGGCUAAAUGCUGAUAUUUAAUCGCUGGAAGUUUAUUUAAAUGAAACGCUUACAAAAAAAACAAACCUCAGCCACAUUACAUUUGUAUGAUAUACCAGAUACAAAACUGGGUUAUUGGCUUGGUUUUAUCACAUUAAAUAUUAAAUUGUUCUCUUUAAAUUGUUCUCAGUGGCCUUGGUUUAUUCUAUUUAUAAGUGUUUUCCUUAGUAUUACAGCUGUACUGAGCUGUGUCCAAUUUUAUUGUUUUGAAUUUUUUAAUUCCACCAUUACUGCAAAUUGUAAAUUUUCUGUUCAGUAGUAUCAGUUUUGUUGACUGUUUUAGGUUGAUACGCUAAAACAUCAUCUUCAGUCAAUAUGUACCUAUUAUAUGAAAUAAAACAUUUGUACAAA